AUGCUAGUGUUGGGUCCGUUCAUACUGCUGGUCGCAGCGGCCACUGCGCUCCAAAACCCCCACCGCAAGGCUGCAUCCCAACAUAAUGUGAAGUCCUUGCGCAGAAGGGAGCUUACUUCCGCUCCCACCACGCAUCAGUAUCUAAACAAGAAAACAAAGAAAUUCCAGGUUAAUGGAACUCACUUUCCCCAAGUGCCUUUCGAUAUCGGUGAAAGCUACGCUGGUCUGUUGCCCAAUACGCCCAAUGGAAAUUCAAGUCUAUUCUUUUGGUUUUUCCCUUCCACCAAUCCAGCUGCCGACAAAGAAAUCACGAUCUGGCUGAAUGGAGGUCCCGGGUGCAGCUCGCUUGAUGGGAUCCUUCAAGAGAAUGGCCCAUUCCUCUGGCAGGCGGGAGUCUACGAGCCCGUGCGAAACCCUUACUCGUGGACAAAGUUGACAAACGUCGUUUACAUUGAUCAGCCUGCCGGCACUGGCCUGUCCCCUGGACCAGCUACAGUCCAAAAUGAGAUUGAUGUGGCCAACCAGUUCAACGACUUUUGGAAAAACUUUAUUGAGACUUUUAGUAUGCAGGGGUACAAGGUCUACAUCACCGGAGAGAGCUAUGCUGGUCAAUAUAUUCCAUAUCUGGCUGCGGGCAUGCUGGACCGCAAUGACACCAAGUAUUACAAUCUCAAGGGUAUCCAGAUCAACGAUCCUUCCAUCAAUGAGGACAGUGUUUUGAUCUACGCACCUGCUGUCGCGGCAUUGAACCACUUCUCCACAGUCUUCGGCUUGAACGACACAUUCAUGCACGAGAUCAACGAGCGAGCCGAUAAAUGCGGCUACACCAAGUUCCUAGAUUCCGCUUUGCAGUAUCCACCGAUACCAACUAAGAACUUCCCUGUCGUGCCGGACCCCUCCACGCCGGGUUGCGAUGUGUGGGACCAAGUCGUCAAAGCAGCAACUUAUAUCAACCCUUGCUUCAACAUGUACCACCUGACAGACUUCUGUCCUUUCCUAUGGAGCGAGAUGGGCUUCCCAUCACUAGCAGGUGGGCCGAACAACUACUUCAACAGAUCCGAUGUUCAAAAGGCCCUCAACGUCCCACGGACCAACUUCGACGUCUGUGGCGGCGACAUUUUCCCCAACGGCGAUGGAUCUGUGCCCAGCGCCCUCGGCCCUCUUCCUGGUGUUAUUGAGCGCACGAACAACGUGCUGAUUGGUCACGGAUGGUACGAUUACCUGCUAUUCCUGAAUGGUACCCUUGCAACAAUCCAGAACAUGACUUGGAACGGCGCACAAGGCUUCCAAAAACCUCCCAUCGAGCCGUUAUUUGUUCCGUACACAACUGCGCUGGACAAACUCGCUAAUGGUUAUCAAUCAAUUCCUUGGACCGCUGAUGCCGGAGCUGGGAUUCUUGGAACCGCUCACACUGAGCGUGGGUUGACCUUCAGUUCGGUCUAUGGCUCUGGUCAUGAGAUCCCUCAGUAUGUCCCUGGCGCGGCGUACAGACAAUUGGAGUUCCUUCUCGGGAGGAUCAAGAGUCUUCAAGAGAGAGGAGAAUACACUGCCUUGUAG